CAGAUGACAUUUGUGCGCUUUCUUAAGAAGAAAGAAGGACAUUGUCCAAUAAUCAACGAAUUAUUUAAAUUACUGAUCGAACCUUCUUUUUAAAUCUAAGAUUGAUAUUUUUCCAUCCAAAAAUGACCAAGUUAAAGGGGAUUGUGCAAUGGCAAUAUCACACCUGAUAUGUCGGAAGGUGUUUCGAGAAGGUGUGGUUGAUCCCUUAACUGAGAAAUAAUCAGCAGGAAGUGACGACAGGUAUAAUUUCAUAAAAGAAACACUUAUUUUGGUCAAAAAGACGAUUAUAUUUAACAAUAAUUUCUGAACAACGAACAGAAAAAAUAGAUGAAUAUUGAUCAAUUUAGAAGAUAUAUCUUAAAUCAUCAAUAUGGACAAGCGCCUUUCUCUCGGUAUCAACGCAAGUGUUAUUAUAAUUUUAAUAAUUUUCUGUGCACUUUUAUCUCUUCCUCUGAGACUCCUAUUUAACACUAACUACGAAGGAAAGGAUUCCAGCAAAGAAAAUAAUUCCGAGUCUUCUUUGGAGAAAGAGACAAAAAAAGAAACCGUCUUACCUCUCAAAGUUAAAGAUUUCCGCAAAAUGAAACUCUGUCCUUUUGGGUACGAAAGUUUGAUCAAAUCAACAUUUCUCACGAACUACGAUCAAAAUUGUACGAGACAACAACUAGUUAAAGAAGUACCUAAACUUCCUCUUGAAGCAGAAAAAAAGGAAACAAAAGAAGAAGCAGAAGAAAAAGAAGAAACAGAAGAAACCAUAAAAGAAAAAGAAGAAAAGCCAGUAUUUGUAGAAAAAGAGGAAAUUGGGAGAGAAAUUGUUUCUGCACCAAUUGCACCAAAGAAGGAAGAACCAAAGGCACCAGUAAAAAUUAUUAACAAAUCAAUUCCAGUGGCAGUUCACAUCCUGGGUAUAAUGCUUGUCGUUUCCGUCAUCGCGGCUUUGGUCGAAGUACUUCUGAUACGCUUCUCCAGGGACAAGGACGAGUCGACUAGCAGUGGUAGCGUCAAUUCCAGGAGAGGAUCGAUCAUCAAUUUUAUGGCCCCGAAAAAAUUUAUGCCCACACGAGAAAUGCUCAAAAGUCAGCGGUCCCUCGAUCUCCAGGCUAUGCACAAUAGAUCGACAAGCAUUCUUGGAAAUAGGAGUGUAUCAUUGCAGGGGCGAAGAGGGCAUUUGCCCCGUGGGCCACGUGCCUAGGAAAUACACAUACUACAUUUUUUGAAAAGAUAUUGCAGCACAAUCUCCUUAACCUAUCAUGGAUCUGCGGCCUCAAGGACCUCUGUAUAUAUUAAUGUCUAAUUAAAUAGUAAUUUUUUUCUUAAUUAACCUAUGAAAUUAUAUAAAGGGACAUUGGAAUAAGUAAGACAUUAGUACAUUUUAUCAAUUUUUAGUAUUAAUAAUGUUUUGCACCAGUGGGGGGAGAGGCCCACAUAUCAGAACCAUUGUGCGGUCUGUGAGACCGCACGGCCACACCUGAAGUUGAAGUCGUUUUUACCUCUUGAUAAUAAUCAAACAAUAUUUUAGAGAAAAUUUAUUUCAUAUGGAGUCGCUGAGAUUAGUACAAAAAUAUAAUAUAAUAAAAUAAAAUGCUAUAUAAAACUACAAUAAUAGUAAAGAAAGGUCUGAAAAUAUGCCCGAACAUCUAUCUGAAAAGUGUCACAGAUUGGUGAAUUUCGUCCGAAAUAUUGUCUGAUAUGAUGAUUAUCCAAUUCAUCAAAAACUUUAUUAUAGCCCUUCCACCCCUUUUUCUAUGCAAUUAUAUUUAAUAAUCUUUUCCACUGAAUGUUUUCACGUAGCGCUCGCUUUUUUCUGUUUUUGGCUAUUUUUUCACUCUAAUGAUUGAAGAAUUUGCUUAGAAAAAGAUUGUAAGAAAAGAAACAUUUUUACAGGAAAACCAUCUCUCCUUAGACGUUCGUCCUUUCCAACUCAAA